AUGGCCUCUGUAAUAGAUAAAUUUAAAAGAGUGAAAAGUCAAAUUGACAUUCAACAAGUUAUAUAAGAUUAUUGCUCAGAGAUUAUUGACAUAGGCAAAAUCAUCGUCUGUCAACGAUGGAGUCACAAUCUAAAAAUUGAAUUGAAUUAGUAUCGAAAUUAUAUACCAGAAUUAUUAUUCCGCUAUUUUAGGUUUCAACAAGCAAGCAUUUUAUAACGCAAUAUGUCUGCAUCACUUGAUUCCGCUUUAGAUCCGAUGGAAGAGAUCCGCUUCCGUAAAAAACAUGGCCAAAUAUGGAUGGAAAUUCAGAAAGAUACUCAUUUUACUUUCGAUGAAUUAGAACAAAUAAUGGUCAUAUUUUUUAAAAUUCAAAAACGAGACGAAAAACCUGCAGCUUCUGAUUUGAUAUCGAGGGCUCAUUUUAGAGAUGUUCUACACACUGGACUCGGCAUGACAGACUCGUACAUGAUGGAACGAGUGAUGGUGGCCUUGGACCGAGGCACUUCCCCAUUCGUCACGAUGGCCACUUUCGCCAAGGCCCUGUCCCUGUAUUUACGCGGGGACCUUGAAGAGCGAAUCUCCUAUGCUUUUACAUGUUAUGAUUUACUCGGAGAGGGCCAUUUGAGAAGGGAGACGAUGUAUCAACUCAUGAAGAAGAGUGUCGCUAAAGCGUCCAGAGACGAUGAUGUAGAGGAGGCAGUGAAGGAAUUAGUGGAUAUAAUGCUGAAGCGGAUGGACGCCGAUUUAGAUGGCGUAAUUAAUUUUACCGACUUCCAUGAAUCAGUUGUGAAGACUCCUUCUUUGCUGGAGAGUUUGGGAUAUUGCCUUCCAGAGAGACCUGCAGUGUACUCGUUCAUCGCAACCUGGUGCCCAACAUGGGGGAAGAUGUAAUUCUAAUCUAGUCUAUCUACUGAAAUUUUGAAAUUUGCAAACUUUCGUAUCAAAGAAAUAAAUAGUACCA